UACCAGGGCCUCAGAUAUCAGGAUGUUUUAUCCUGAAUUCCUGAUUUUCAGGAUGAGUAUGAGGUGCCAGACCUGAAAAAUCCGAUUAAAUGAAUUUCUGACCCUGUAAAUUCAGUAUGGUUAUCAUAUGACAACCCUGAGAACUCAGUAUAGUGUUCGUGUACCAGCCCUGACUGCUCACUCCCUUUCAUGCCUUGAAUCAUCCAACCAUUCUAGACGAUAGAGCUUGUGCUCGCUGGUCUGUUUCUCUGCUGUGAACCGCCCCCUCGUUAGGGGGCACUAUGCUUGCGCCAGGAUCUGACGACGAGGAGGAGGCUCCCGACGAUCCUUCUACAGCGUCCCACCCGGGUGCCGUGACAGGAUUAGACUUACUGCGAAGAAAUCCUCCCGCAUCGGCACCUCCCCCUCGAACGCACACCGCUGAAGUAGUAGAGGAGGCAUCUCGCCAUGUUGUAGCAACACCACCUCAGCGAAGCACUACGCCCCGCACUUCUUUUAAUCAAGGGUCGACCCGUAUUGGACCGCCGUCGAAGAAGCUCGAGCCCUCACGCUAUCGGCAGGCAACCCUGAGUUUCGGGCGGUCGCAAAACACUCCCGCUCCGACUCUGCACGUCGUCCCUCCUGUUGUUUCAGGACCAUCUACAGCUCCGACUUCGUCAUCGGACACCGAACUUGAAGACGUGGCCGAACGAAAGUACCAGGAGGCUCUCUGGCAAUUUAAAAAGCGGUGGAGUACUGACUUUCCUUGGCUUGUGCUUAAUCAGACCCGUGCAGGAUUCCCGGCUUUGAAGUGUAAGACUUGCAUGGAACAUGGCGGGCACGGAACGAACUACGGCAAGGGCGGAGAAGGUGCGACCGACGUCCAGACGCAGGCGAUGCAAAACCACCAGCGCACGCGGAAGCACAAGAGAGCGAUGCGGAGACAAGCCACCGCCACUGCGAUCGCUGAGGGGCAGCUGCGCAUGGAGGACUUGGCGAAAACACAUACCGUCCAGAGCGAGCGUGUUACUGCACUGCUGGAGACUCUGCUUUUCAUCUGUCAGUCCGACGCGCCCAUCGAGAUGUGGGUGCAACUUGUGCGGCACCUCUCAAAGCGACCUUCUCUGGAAGGCUCUCUUGUUGCUUACCUCGAUAGCAUCGGCAUCAGUCUCUCAAAGGUGUCGGGCAUCAGCACCGACGGUGCCGCAGUGAUGGUUGGAGCCACGAACGGGGUCGUUGGGCGCCUUCGACAGCGGAUCCCGCAUGUGGUUUCUGUCCACUGCAUAGCGCAUCGGGAAGCCCUCGCGGCCAGAGAUGCUGCCAACGCGCUGCCUGAGCUGGGAAUUGUGGAUGCCAUCAUCCGCGCGGUUGCUGAGCUGCUGGGGCGUUCACACAACUGGCACAAGAUGUUCAAGGACCUCCAAAAGAUCUUCACGGCGACAAAUCUGGAGAUGCAAGGGAUUCACCUUGUUCGGUGGCUCAGUCGUGGCGGCGCCAUUCUGAGGCUGGUGGCGGUGCUUCCUGCCGUCAUCGUUCUGCUGCACCUCUACGACAAACCCAUGUACCACAUCGUCACAUCGUACAAGUUUCACUUUUUCCUGUACUUCCUCGCCGACGUGCACGAGGAGCUCAACAGCCUCAAUCUGCUGUUCCAGAAGCGCGAGAUCGACCUGACGGGCGUGCAGUCGCAGGUACGGCGAACGAUCGUCUUCAUUCGUUCGCGCUACGUCAACUGCGGGCCUAACUUCGGCACGAACAGCGAUCGCCUGUCCAAGUUUCUGGAGCGCCACGCCAGCAACCGAGAUGUGAUCGUGCAGGGCGUCGAUGCAGACGGAAUGGAGCGAGUGCAUCAAUUCGAGCUUCACGAGGAGCCGCUGCCAAACUACACCACUGCCCGCGGCGACAAAGCUUCCUGCACGCUCACCUGUCGCUCCUACGCGACCGAGCUCAUCUACAACGUGCAGCUGCGGCUCGGCGACCUUGAGCGGCUCAACGGGUCAAAGCUGUGGAUGCCCCGAACAUGGCCGCGGAACACGGAGGCGAGGGACGAGGAGUGCGCCGAGCACUUUGACAGCGUGGUCGAACUCUUCCACGCCAGCGACCGCGUUGAAAUUCUGCCAGGAGUCGACAAGCGGCUGGCACGCAAGGAACUCAGCACCCUCGUGCCAGUGCUUGCUGGUGUGCCAAAAGAGGAGCAGCCAUUCCAUGCCGGACUUGCAGCCAUCCUGGAGACCAGCGACUGGCCGCGCAGCUACCCGAAUCUCGUGCGCCUGUGGGUGGCUGUGGCAGUGCUUCCUCUCAGCACUGUUGAGUGCGAGAGGGGAUUCUCGCGACAAAAUGUGAUUAAGAGCUGGAACCGGACGAGUCUGUGCAACGGGAAGCUGGAGGAUCUGAUGUGCAUGAGUUUGCUAGAGUAUGACAUGAACUGGGAUAGGGUCAUUGAGGUGUGGCGCGGCAUGAAGAAGAGACGGCCAAGGAGGGCCCACCAGAGCGAAGUGCGUGCGAGGAAGUCUGCCAAGGGCAAAGAGAAAGUGGUGGUGUUGUCCGAAGAGGAGCAUGAUGAUGAGGCACGAGCGGACGAUGAGAACAGCUGCUCCAGCAGCGGGUUUAGUUCUAGUGAUGAUGAGGAGGAUGGUGGAAACUUCUGAGUCGAGCCACAUGUAUGCUGCAGUA